AUGCGACUGAUGAAUCCAAGUACGUCCUUGUCAAUCUUCGUCUUCGACUUGGAGAAUGAACUCCUUGCUAACAUUGAACGUCUUUCAUGUUCCUCGCGACGCCCUAACAGACCCAUUGUGCAUCAAGGUCCCUUUCAACCACCUCGAACAGUCUUGAGUAGUCUUCUUGACUCUGUGUUGAAUUUUGAUCCGAGGAGCGAAUUCGUGUUCAGCGCCGCUCGUCCCGUCAAAUCGAAACCGAAGGAAGUUUACCUGGAGCGAGUUCCGGGGGUCAGCGCCCCCCGCGGCUCCGUCUACGACCAGGCCUCACGCCAGGUCGGAACCGACGGAAUCCAGGUUGGAACCGACAGAGGUAAAGUCAGAACCGACAGAGGUCACCUCGGAACCGAUAGAGGGCAGGCCGGAUAUGACAGACGCCAGGUCAGACCCGUCAAAGGUCAGGUAUCACCUCACUUCCCUGCAUGGUUGCCAGCACGGUACGUCGUCUCCCUGCUGGCCUUCCUGGGUGUCACCUUCAACUACGUUCUGCGUGUCAACAUCAACUUCGCCUUGGUGGCCAUGGUGAAGCACAGCAACGCCACACUUGGUCACACGUCUGUUAACGCCACACUCCUCACUGUCUUCAACGCCACCGAGGAGGACGUGUCCGUGGAGAGGGCCCAGGGAAGCCUCACCAGCCAACAUACUUGCCCAGCCCCUGAUAAUGAUAUCACAUCUCACACCACAUACAAUGGUGACCUGCCAUGGGACGAGUGGACACAAGGGCUGGUGGUCGGGGCGUUUUUCUACGGCAACGUAGUGUCACUGCCCGGGGGUCGCCUGGCAGAGCUCUGGGGCCCACACAGAGUGCUAGGCUGUGCUCUACUCUCCGCCAGCAUCUUCACUCUGAUACAGCCAUUCGUUGCUAGGGUAUCCUAUAUAUUGUUGAUCUUCGCCAGGAUCGUCGUAGGACUCUCGCUGGGUGUUACCUCCCCAGCCAACCACGCUCUUCUCUCAGGGUGGGCGCCACCCAUGGAACGAUCAACUCUCUCAGCCAUCAUAUACGCAGGAGUCCCAGCAGGUACAGUGGUGGCCUUCCCUGCGUCUGCUGUCAUCAUCGACAUGCUGGGGUGGGAGGCUGUGUUUUACCUGCAGGGAGCAGUGACGCUGCUUUGGUGCCUCGCCUGGUUCUUGAUCGUCACUGACUCGCCUGCUGACUACCGCUGGAUCACCAACCAGGAGAAAAAUUACAUCAUGUCCACUAUUGGGGACACCAAGAGUAAAAAGAGUCAGGCUGUGCCGUGGAAGUCAAUGAUAACAUCACUGCCAGUGUGGUCGGUGGUAGCUGGAUCCUUCGGCCAUAACUGGGGCUUCUACACUCUGCUCUCAGCCGUGCCUCUCUACACCAAGAGCAUCUUGCAUCAGGAUAUAAAGUCGAAUGCAUCACUGUCAGGGCUGCCGUUCGUAGGUAUGUGGAUCAUGUCGCUGGUGGGAGGGGUUGUAUGCGACUGGUUCCAGCAGCGUUGGGGAACUUCAACCAUCGCUGUGAGGAAGACAUCACAUUUUUUGGCCAACGUGGGGCCAGCAGUGUGUGUAAUUGGACUCAUGGUUGCUGGUUGUGACUGGCAUUUGACAGUGGCCCUUUUGGUAGUGGGCGUGGCCUUUAAGGGACUUAUAUUCUCUGGCCACUACGUCAGCCCUAUCGACCUGGCACCCAACUUCGCUGGCACAGUACUAGGCAUUACCAACACCAUAGCCAAUAUUCCCGGCUUCCUGGCGCCUAUGUUAAACGGCUUUAUCAUUAAUAAUCAGCAAACUCUGCCGCAGUGGAGGAUAGUUUUCACGAUCACUGCCGCUAUCUACUUGCUGGACGUUGUCAUCUAUCUCGUCUUCGCCUCAGCGGAAGUGCAGCCGUGGAACAGUCAUGAAUCUGAGAAGUCACUUAGUCAGGACGCAGGGGAAGAUCCUCAGAAGAUCAAAUCUACACAAGGGGACAAUCACUUCUCGCAGAAGAGUGAUUAUCACGAAGAAUCGGAAAAUGCCGGCGAGAGAAAGACCUCACUACACGAAGGAAAGAGCACUCAGCAGAAACGCAUCCAAUACACUGAGAGCAGUGAGGAGGGCGCCCACACAGGGAGCAGCAACCAGAAGGACAUCCACUAUGAGGAAGACAAACACGCUGAUAGAGAUAGGUGUGGAGGUGAGAUCAACGUCAAUACUGAAAACGAGAGUACUUGGCACUGUCACAGAGACGAGGAAAUAGCUGCUUGUACCGAGAAGUGCCGGAGGGCUGAGAAGACACAGGACACAGAGGGCAAAGGCCACGUUAAUGCCGCAUUUACCAGUAAUGAAUAACAUUUUUUUUACAGUCGAGAACAAAUUAUGAUACUAAACCUAAAUUGUCUGAGGAGCUAUACAUUUCAGUUCAUAAAUAAAUGAGUUAUUAAAUUUCAAACGAGCAGUCAGACCUUUUAAACCUUUAUCCUAAUUCAAAGAUUCUUAUUAUUGACCUUUUAAUCUAAUCCUCAGACAACAGUGUAUAAGCACAUUUUGAAAAUACAAAAAAAAAAAAUAUGCAUAAACAUACACACUUACAUAUAUAAUACUUAUACUUGAAAGCCAAACUAAUUGCAUUAACAUGUGUCUUUGUAGCCCACGAUUAUAAAAAGUAUAAUAUGAAUUUUAAAAAAUAAUAAGGGUCAUUUACCACUCACUCUAAACUAGGAAUGUGGCUGAGGGAACAAAGUAUGAGCCACCAGUAGAGGACUCGCUUAUAUAUGGAUCCCUCCAAACACUAAU